AUAAAUUUCUCUGGCAUAUUUUUUUUCCGCUGCAGGUACAAGCACGAUCAGUACUGUAUGCAAUAAAAUUAUUCUGGGGCGCCUGUUUUCUGACUUGGUACGCUUCUCGAUUUUUCCCUUCUGAGUUCCGAUAUGGAUAGCAUCAAGGCAAUUGCUUCCGUUGCAAUACAAACCAAAAAACACCCAUACUUCCCUUCUCCUUUCCAAUUCAAUAUCCGAGGUCAAUAAAUACAAUGAAGUCAUACAGAGAUCAGACAGAAGUACUUGUUAAGGAUUAUCUGUUAGCUGAUGCAGUUAUUCCAUAUACAUCUGUACUAUGUGGAGUUUUGAUGUGUAAAAUGGCAUAUGAUCUUUCUCAGUUAGUCAGUUCAGUUAAUCUGAAGAGUUACACCUCUCUUACAAAAAUCCAAAGAAUUGAAUGGAACAACAGGGGUAUGUCCAGCGCCCAUGCUAUUUUUAUCACAAUGAUGUCAUUAUACAUGGUCUUCGUCUCAGAUUUCUUCUACAAUGAGCUCCAGGGGCCUGUUACAUUGCGGAGUUCAAAUCUCUCUACUUUCUCACUUGGUGUUUCGGCUGGGUAUUUUCUCACAGAUCUUGUGAUGAUGUUUUGGUUAUAUCCUUGCCUUGGUGGACUGGAAUAUGUUUUACACCAUUUACUUUCCUUAUGUGCAAUUGCUUAUGCAAUGUUUACUGGUCAAGGACAGCUGUACACAUAUAUGGUUCUUAUUUCUGAGACAACUACGCCAGGGAUUAAUAUGCGAUGGUUUCUCGAUACCACAGGUAUGAAAAGAUCAGGUGUAUAUCUUAUUAAUGGUGUUUUGAUGUUCUUCGCAUGGUUGGCAGCACGGAUUUUAUUGUUCAUCUACUUGUUCUACCACAUCUACCUGCAUUAUGAUGAGGUUCUGCAAAUGCAUGCAUUUGGGUACUUCUUAGCCCUUGUGGUGCCAUCGGCACUAUUUAUCAUGAACGUGAUGUGGUUCUUAAAGAUAUUAAAGGGGCUCAAGAAAUUAUUGGCUAAGAGGCAGUGAAGUGCAUUCCAUCACCUUACCAAGUUAAGAAACUGCUGGAACAAGGUGAGAAGGGGAACA